CACAAGCAUCAUGUCCUGGUUCAACAAACGCAAGGAGAGCGCUAUCCCCCCUGUCGAAGAGCCAAAGCCCAAUUACAAUGGAAACAGCUCAUCUCCUCGUCCUCCUGUGCGCUCGACCGCCAGCACUUAUGUAGCUAGCCGUGAUGGCGAUAUUUAUGGCAGCAGGUCUGCCUCUAAUACCUCCCCUGCCGAUAACUAUAGUGCACCACGCGACAGAUAUGCGAAAAACAACGCUGUUGGCGACGUCUAUUCUCGAGGUCAGAGCAAUUUGGAGAAUGAUCGUCAGGAACUCUUCUCAGGCUACAAUCCGGAGAAGGCUGGGUCAGGACGAUUCAAUGACGGGCCGACGCUGGCCGACGGUGAAGAAGAGGAUGUAGAGGGGAUCAAACAACAGACACGCUUCUUGAAACAGGAUAGUGUAAACUCUACGCGAAACGCACUUCGCCUGGCUCGAGAGGCGGAAGAGACAGCCAGGAACACGAUCAAUAGGCUGGGAACACAAUCAGAGAAAUUGGCCAAUACCGAGCGUCACCUAGAUGUUUCCAAAGGUCACUCCUUGAAGGCCGAGGACAGAACCGAUGAGUUGAAGCAGCUCAAUCGGUCCAUUUUCCGCCCUGUCAUCACUUUCAACAAGGACUCUAAGCGCGCUGCUCAAGAGGCAAAGAUACAGCAACGUUACGAUGACGAGCGGGAGGAGAGAGAGAAGGCGAUGAUGGACAUUCGCGAGACUCAGAACCGGCUAGGAAGAGCUGCAACUUAUGGGUAUGGGGACGACGAUGGUGAGGGAAUCGGAGGGUCCGGAGGCAGGCGGGGCAAGACGGCUACCCAGCAGGCGAUGAGGCAAGAACAAAGGAAGCGAUAUCAGUUUGAAGCGACCGCUUCAGACGACGAGAUGGAAGACGAGUUGGAUGACAAUCUUGACGAAAUUUCGGAGAUGACCAAGAGGUUGAAGACACUGGGAUCUGCUAUGGGUGACGAACUCGACAAGCAAAACAUUCGUAUCGGCGUCAUCGAAGAGAAGGCCGUGAAGUUGGACAACAAAGUCUUCAGUAACACUGAGAGGCUCAAGCGCAUCAAGUAGAGAUUCGGAUCGUUUGCUUUCCUGUUGCCUAUCAUUCCGCAGCACUGCUAUGUUCGAGACUACUAUUACUCUGCGACGGCCGCGAUUUGAUGCGUGUCUAGCAAUUGGACUUUCGUAGGGAUUUUCACGUUAGAAACGAUUGAACUUGUUCGGUGUACAUGAUGCUGCCACCUGUGUGCGCGACGCGCGUGACUGCG